CUUUCAUCGUCAGCCUUUGUUGUCAUGAAGAGGCUCUGCCCACAACACCUUGACUGUAGUUGACCAUUAGGCAAUAAAUAGGAUGCACAUAUGCAGAUACACCUGUUCUUGUCACAACUUGGAGAAUAGUUUGUAGUACACAGUAUUUGGAAUCAAUCAGCUUUCCUGCAUAUAAAAAAAAAGUUUAAGCUCAAUGGGCCCUACACACAGAAUUGGAAAAUACAGAGUAGAGAGGGAAGUGCUGGAUGAGCAGAGACUGGAAGAGAUAACACAGAGAAAAACAUUCUCUGACACUCGCCCUUCUCUAACUGAACGGCUGAAAGACUCCUUAAGAUGUACGCUACCCCAACUGAAACGAAGUGUCAUGAGCAGUUUGCCUGUUCUGUACUGGCUGCCCAAAUACUCAGUCUGGGACUACGGCAUGCCAGACCUUAUCUCUGGCAUCAGUGUGGGAAUAAUGCACCUGCCACAAGGUUUGGCUUAUGCAUUGUUGGCUUCGGUUCCUCCUGUAUUUGGGCUCUACACUUCACUCUAUCCAGCAUUGAUCUACUUCUUUUUUGGAACAUCACGUCAUAUCUCUAUUGGUACAUUCACUGUGCUCAGCAUCAUGGUGGGUAGUGUGACAGAGAGACUUGCUCCAGACACAGAUUUCCUCAUAAGAAAUGAGACAAAUGCCACUGUGGACAUAACUGCCCGGGACUCAUACAGGGUGCAGGUGGCGGCUGCUACGACUGUCCUAGGAGGACUUAUUCAGGUGGCACUUGGUUUGGUAAAGUUUGGAUUUGUGGGGACGUACUUGUCUGAACCUCUGGUGCGGGCUUACACAACAGCUGCCUCAGCUCAUGCUGUGGUGGCACAACUCAAGUACAUCUUUGGAGUUUCACCAAUGCGCUUUAGUGGUCCCUUUUCCCUGGUCUAUACUCUGAAGGAUGUUUGCUCUUUGCUGAACCACACUCAUCUUCCCACACUGGUGGUCAGCGUUGUGUCCAUGGUGUUUCUAAUUGCGGCUAAGGAGCUCAACUCUUUCCUCAGUCCAAAGCUGCCAGUGCCGAUCCCAGUGGAGCUCAUCACAAUAAUGGCAGCAACGUUUUUAUCAUCUUAUACCCACUUGAACAGCAACUACACUAUUUCAGUUGUUGGGGAAAUUCCCAGUGGUCUAAGUUCUCCCACUGUACCAGAUGUGAGUAUUUUUGGAGAAGUUAUCGGUGAUGCUUUUGCAUUGGCCAUGGUUGGAUAUGCCAUAUCUAUCUCGCUUGGCAAAACAUUUGCACUGAAACAUGGAUACAAGGUGGACAGUAACCAGGAGCUGGUGGCGCUGGGUCUCAGUAAUGCAGCGGGAGGCUUUUUCCAGUGUUUCUCUGUCUGUUCCUCCAUGUCUCGAAGUCUCAUUCAAGAGACCACCGGAGGAAAAACACAAAUGGCCGGAGCCGCCUCGGCUGUUAUUGUUUUGGUGACGAUACUGAAACUUGGACCGCUGUUCCAGGAACUUCCCAAGGCUGUCCUUGCAGCGAUUGUCUUUGUAAAUCUGAAGGGCAUGUUCAAGCAGCACUCUGACAUUGUAACACUGUGGAGAAGCAGCAAGAUUGAUCUGGUGGUCUGGUUGGCCACUUGGGUGUCAACACUGCUGCUCAAUCUGGAUCUCGGUCUUGCUGCAUCGAUCAUCUUUGCUCUGCUGACUGUUAUCUUCAGAACUCAGAUGCCAACAUACUCAGUUCUCGGAAAUAUUCCUGGUACAGAGCUGUACGUGGACAUAGAGACCCACAGAGAGGCGAGAGAGAUUCCAAGUGUUACUAUAUUUCGCUCCUCUGCUACAGUAUAUUUCGCCAAUGCAGAUCUCUACCUUGAGGCUCUGAAAGAAAAGAGUGGGCUUGACAUCAGUAAAAUGAUUAUCUACAAAAGGAGGCAGGAGGCCAAACAGAGGCGUAAAGAGAGAAGGGCUGAGAGACGGGCAAAAAGACAAGCCAAGAGAGAGGGACGGGCACAGAAAGCAGCUCAGCAGCUGUCUGGAGUGUCGGUGUUCUCUGUGGAGGAAGAGGCCGGCCGCUGGAAGGUCACAUGUGUGGACGGGAGUGUUACAGACAAGGAGGAGCAGGACUGGACUGAGAGGGAGAAUGGCACAGUGUUCGUCAUGCCGACCACUCCUCAAACACCAGAAGGCCCCUGCAGAUGGGAGUACCUGAAAGGAGGAGAACCAGACUGCGCCAGUUUAGGGUACAUGUGUGAGGACGGGGACACCAUCACUCUGGGCUCCAGCAGCGAGGACACUCUGAGCCAUGAUCUGGAGCGGGUCUCUCUUGGGUCACUGGGCAAGUGGACCUGGGACAUUCACUCCAUCAUUAUUGACCUCUCCACGGCCAACUUCAUCGACACAGUGGCGAUCAAAACUAUGAAAAAUAUUUUCCUGGACUUCAGUGAGAUUGAUGUGGACAUCUACCUCGCUGGUUGUCAAACCUCGGUGGUGGAACAAUUAGAGCGGGGUGAUUUCUUCUGUGAUUCGAUUACAAAGAGACAUCUUUUCGUUUCUGUUCACGACGCUGUGCUCUACUGUCUGAACCACCGUGGAGCCACAUCCUUCCCCAGAUACGUGCCGUCAGCAGACACAUAUAGUGAUACAAAAUUUUAAAGACUUCAAACAGAACAUUCAGCGCUGAAGAGGGGAAAACUGUCUCAACAUCUACAGGAGGGAAUAUCUGAAGCUUUUAUCAAAUUUUAUUUGUAAAUUAACAGAUGCUGAAUAAGUAUUAGGUAAUAUUUAUACUUACAAAUAAUAUCUUUAAAGUAGGAAGACUGAAGACAGAUGAAGCUUUAUUUAACUUUAUUCAUUGUAGGAGAGUGACAGAGUGCAUUUUUAGAGGAAAAAAAAUAAGUUAAUAAAAUAAACCAUCCAAACAAUAUAUUUCAAGAAAAAUCCGGUAGAAAAUAAUGAGGAAUUCAAGCAACAAAUACACGACAUCAUGCAUCACACUGACAAGUGUGUGAGCCUUUUUUGGUCAUGGCAGCAAUAACAAACAUUGAAAUGUUGACAGAAGCCAUUUCAAUUUUCAAGUGCAAUUUCUGCUCAUAGCAACAGCAAAAUCUGUGAAGCUAAUGCAUGCAAAGGGAAUUAUUUCAUGUCUCAACUCGUUUAAUGAGCUUCAAGUGCAACAUUCCAAAAAUGGGAAACUAUAGGAUAUUACAAAAUAACAGGAUAACAAUAUCCAAGCAAGAGUUAACAAAAGCAUCUCUUUACAGUUGCAUAAACCCACUGCGACCUCAUUCCCUGAAUAAAUCUUGUCUCUACAUACCGGCCACAGAGGAUGUUGCAAGUUGUGCACAGGACUGAAGAAGGCUAGGUAGUUUUUUUUAUUUUUUUUU